AUGGAUUCCAAAGAGGUAUUGAACUCAAACCCAGAGGUUUUGUUGCGUAAGAGAAGAAACGCUGACAGGAUAAGGAUCGAGAAACAGCAACUAUCUAAGCAAAGACAAGAUACAAACAGAAAGAAUCAGACCAAGAAUAAGAAAAGAUUCGUUAGAAUCGAAAAUAUCGUUUCUAAAACGUUGGCUACCACCAGAGAAAAGGAAAGAAUCAAGAGAGUUUCCAAAUUAGAACUGAAAAAAUCAAAGAAUGAAAUUGAUCAUCUUCCAUCUGAAAAAGAUUACAUCUUAAAAGUUAGUGAAAACAGUGUCGAAAAUGAUAAUGAUGAUGAAGAAGAAGAAGAAGAAGAAGAAGAAGAAGAAGAUGCUUUGGUCACCGAAAAAAUUGAGUACGAUGGUAAAUCGACUUUAUUAUUUGUUAUCAGAAUUAAAGGUCCGAAUUUAGUCAACUUACCACACAAAGUUAACAAAAUUUUAACUACUUUAAGAUUAGAUGAAAUCAACACAGGUGUCUUCAUCAAAUUAACUAAAUCAGUGUACCCGCUAUUGAAGCUCAUCUCUCCUUACGUUGUCAUCGGUCAACCUUCUUUAUCCACAAUUCGUUCUCUCAUUCAAAAGAGAAGUAAAAUAGUCUAUAACGGUUCUGAAAUUAUAUUAAACGAUAAUAACAUAGUAGAAGAAAAAUUAGGUGAAUCCGGCAUCAUUUGUAUCGAAGAUAUGAUCCAUGAAAUUAAAUCCAUGGGUGAAUCAUUCCAAACCGUCACUCAUUUCCUAUUACCUUUCAAGUUAAACAAUGAAGUGUCAGGUUUCAACGCUUUAAAUAAAUUGAAAAGACUACAAGCAAGAGAAAAUGACUCCAAAUUGAAAAAAUUGGUUUCAAAUUCUUCAAUCGCCCCAGUUAUUCAAGUCGAUAUCGACAACUUAAUUGCAAGAUUAAAUUAA